CAUUUUUUAAUUAUAAAUUCAAAUUUUAAAAUUUUAUAUUAAAAUGAUUUAAUUGUAUAUUAGAAUUUUAAAGAAUGUUAUCUGAAUCUUCUUGUUCUACAACUAUCGCAAAUGAUUUAGUUGAAGAAUCUCAUUCCUCUGUAAAUAAUCUGAAUAUUAAUAAAUGGAAUUUAGAUGGUUUAGGAUCUAAAAACUUUAAAUUAAUUUCUGAUUCUAAAAUUAACUUAAAACCUCGUAAAUCAGGUUUGGAAACACCAAACCAUACAUCUGAUAUACACGAAAAUAAUAAAAAGAAGAAUUUAGAAACGUUUGAAUCACUUGGGGUUCCUAAUUGGAUAAUAGAAAUAUGUAAAUCACUUCAGAUUAAGAAGCCUACUAAGAUCCAAAAGCUAUGUUUACCAUCAGCUUUCAAGGGUAAAAACUUAAUUGGGUGUUCUGAAACAGGAACAGGAAAGACGAUUUGUUUCUGUUGGCCUAUACUUACAUCUUUAGCAAAGAAUCCAUAUGGAGUUUAUAGUUUAGUGUUAACCCCUACGAGGGAGCUGGCAUUUCAAAUCUCAGACCAGUUUAGAAUAUUUGGUGUUAACAUGAACAUCGUUGUGUUAUCAUGUGUUGGAGGUGUUGAUAUUGUAAGCCAGUCGAUAGAAAUGGAAAAGAGGCCUCAUGUUAUUAUAGCGACUCCAGGAAGACUGGCAUACCAAGUUUCUAACCCUGAACGUAAUUUAUCAAGUAUCUUUGCAAAUGUAAAGUAUUUAGUUUUUGAUGAGUCUGAUAGGUUACUUGAUAUAAGUUUUCAAGAGCCUUUGAAGGAGAUUUUAAAGUGUAUUCCCAAAUCUUCAGAAGGGAGAAUUACAUUUAUGUUUUCAGCCACAAUUACAGACUCCAUAAGAACUUUAGCAUCUAAGAUUUCAAACUCAACCUUCGAGUUCUAUGACGCAACUGAAGAGUCAUCAAAAAUACUAAAACUUAACAGGAAAAUCGAACACGAAUACGUAUUCCUACCUCAACAUGUCCAUAUAACAUAUCUAGUAUAUGUAUUGAGGGAGCGAUUUUUAAAGGAUGAAAAGGCUAAAGGGAUAAUCUUUAUAUGUACUAAGAAAAGAUGCCAACUCGUUUCAUUAACUUUAGAUCAACUUGAGUUUAAAGUAACUUGCAUACAUUCGUUAAUGAAACAGUCGAAGAGGACAGACUCACUGUCAAAAUUUAGGUCUGGGUAUUCUAAUUUAUUAGUCGCUACAGACUUAGUGUCAAGAGGAAUUGACGUCCCAGAAGUUUCGUUUGUAAUUAACCUUGACUUUCCAGGCACAGCUUUUGAUUACAUUCACAGAGUUGGAAGAACUGGAAGAGGAGGAAGACAAGGUAUCGCAUUUUCAUUUAUCGAUGAGUUUGACGUUGAAAAGGUUAAGAACGUUGAGACUUCAGUUGACAUUAAGCUUAAAAAGUAUGAAAUAAAGGAUAAAGAGGCUGUAAAAUUACUUAACAAGGUAACAGUGGCUACUCAAAAGGCUCAUUUAUACUUACAAGAACGUGAAUAUAAAUGAUAACACUUUUUCCUACGGAAGAAAUUUCGCCAUUACCCAUACUCCAAUUCUAGUGUAGAAUCUUGUA